AUGAAUGGAAAAGCGUUCCUGUAUCCGUUUAUCAAAAACAAACCAAACAGCUCUAUUGAAUUUGAUGCUACAGUGAAACUAAUAUGUGAAAUAUCAGAUAAAGGCUACAGUCUUGCUUGGUUUAAAGGAAGUUCCACAGGUGGCAAACCCAAAGAGAUUGCCAGUGACAACCUAAAUUUUCGUGAGAAAGGAAGAUUGACACGAUCUUUGACCAUAAAUAAAUUCGGCAAAAGUGAAAGCGGUCUGUACAUAUGUGUUGCUGAAAGGUCUCUUGUGAAAUGGACUGCUGAAGACAGUGUUUUUCUCGCGAGCAAAGAGUAUGUCAAACCAACAUUCGUUAUAAGUAAUGUAACAUCAAACGUGGUAACACUGGAAGAAGGAGAAUCAUGGAAUAUGACAAUUAUGGCCAUCGGAUAUCCUAAACCUCGUGUUAAAUGCGAACUUCACAGUGUUAAGAGUGAUGCAGACGUCAAUGACAUUGUAAAUAAUUCAAAAGAUCAUUUUCCAGAUAUUUAUAUCUCCAAUGUGAAAUAUUCACUUCACGAUGGUAUAAGGAUUCAUUGCGUGGCUGAGAACAUGAACGGAAAAGCUACUGCGAAUUUUUCGCUUAACAUUUUGGUGAAACCAAAAAUCAACGUUCAUGAGCCAUCCCGAAAUAAGAUGAUAAGCGUAAAAGAAAACUCGCCUUUGAAUCUGGUGUGCAAGGUGGAUGAAGGAAAUCCAUCACCUACCAUUCGGUGGAAAUACAGAAACGAGAAGCAUGGAUGGAGUGACGUUACUGCACGCCUCAGGACUGCCAUUAUUGUACGCAAAAACACAUUGCGCGUGAAAGGGCAAAUGGUUUACAAGAUGCUGUAUAAAUGUGUGGCAAACAACAGUUUAGGAGUUGAUGCAUUCACUUGGGAUGUUUUGAACGAAACAAACAGAGAAGCACUUUAUCUAACAAGUGGUGGUAAAUCGUUGUCAGAAUCGUACUUGAUUGUUAUUAUCGUCGUUUCCUGUAUCGUCGCUUUGCUCAUCUUGUGCUUCGGCGCCAUUCUCUACAGAAGAAAGAAAAUGCUUGGUGGCUUUUACCUCUGCACGAUGCCGCAUUACAGAGAUUACAUCCAGAUACUCGAUCAAGGUAAAUUUAUCCACGAGCAAACAAACAAGUUGCCAUACUUGUCAGAGUGGGAGUUUCCAAGAGAGAAUAUCCUUUUAGAAAACGAAUUAGGUUCUGGCGCUUUCGGUGUUGUGUACUUCGCUCGUGCGGUUGGGAUGGCACAAUUUCAGAAGCAAAGAAAUGCAUUAAGAGAUGCCCCACGCAAACACCGCUUUUCACUUAGACGUGUUAAGAAACCAAGUUUUUCUGUCAGUAUAAACGAUGGCGAUGUUGUCGACACCGCAGUCAAGACACUCAAAGGCAAUUACACACAAACGGAACUUUCUGAUCUUAUAUCUGAAAUAAAAAUUCUAAUUCACGUUGGUGAACAUGAAAAUGUACUUCGGAUACUUGGUGCAUCUACCAAAGUUGAUACAGAUCUUGCACCUCUCAUUAUCCUGGAAUAUUGUCCUCAUGGGAAUCUCAAGGAAUUUCUCAGAACAAGACGGGAUAUUUACGAACCAGAAUGGAAGGACUCGAUUGACAAUGGCCAACUUACUGUCAUAAAUAUUGCAAAUUUUGCUCUACAUAUCGCCAAAGGAAUGGAAUAUUUACUUUCUAGAAAGUGCAUUCACCGCGACUUAGCAGCCCGCAAUGUGUUGAUAAGCCAGGAGUAUAUUGCCAAGAUUUCAGAUUUCGGUUUGGCACGCGAUGUGUACUAUGACCUGGAAUAUGUGAAGAAAACUUCGGGGUUACUUCCUAUCAAAUGGAUGGCUAUUGAAGCGAUACAAGAUCGUGUAUUUAACGAGAAAACUGACGUGUGGUCUUAUGGCAUUGUCUUGUGGGAAAUGUUCACUCUAGGUGGAACACCGUAUCCAAACCUUGAUCCUGCGUCAGUUCUUCAAACUUUGUUAGACGAAAAAAGAAUGGAACCUCCAAUGCACUGUCCUCAAGAAAUAACAAAUAUUAUGUCAAGCUGCUGGUACAAAAGUCCUUUGAAACGACCAACAUUUUCAGAGUUAGUUUGUCAACUACAAAAGUUGUGUGGAGUUCCAAAAUCAGGCCAAUUAGAGGUUCAUUAUCAGAAUGCUCCAUGAGAAAAAUUGAAGUCCCCCGAGAGAUGGAAGGCGAAUCGCAGUAGGCGAGCUAGUGUUGUAGUGAAGAGCAUUGUGUAACUUUGGGUUGUUAUGCAGGGUAUAAAUCUCGCUUUUUCUUGUAGAGUCAUUUGAAGAUACUAGUUGAAAGUAAAAUAUAUAUACAGUCGUUAUCAUUAAGGUUGUCACCUGGAA